AUGGACCGAGAGAAAAAUGAGAUGAGUGAUGAGAGGUCAAAAGAAGUUGGACCAGAAUACGAGGAUAUCAUCAGCAAAACAGAUUUUAUUAACUAUUAUUCUUAUAGAACAGACAGAAGGCUAAAAUGGAAACCCUAUUCCGAGAAUUGCAAUUAUGACGUUAGAUGUUGGAUGGACCUUAACAAAAAAAAAUGUCCAUCUAAACUCGGUGAGACAAUAUUUUAUUUCUUUAACAAUCCAAUGAUCAACUCAAAACAGUACAUAAGUUGUGAGGCAAAAAUAAACCACGUUAAUAAAUUAUUAAACAGACCGGUAGAAGGAUUAAUUAAUGAGCGCAUAACAUUACCUGAUGACGAACAAGAUAUUAUUUUGAUGACCUCUAUCAGUAACAAAUUCGAUUUUGCUGCCACAAAAACAAUUCGACUUAUUACGAGCUAUUUUUAUCCACCAUUGGACAUUCACGUGACCGAAUUAUUUGACAUAAAAUCAAAUUUGUCGCUAUAUAUCUUCGCACCUGCUUCGUCAACCGAAAAGUGCAAUAAAAAAACAGAUUGGAAGAUCACUCAGAACAUCAGCCACGCUGACCUUUUAAAUUUUACCCAAAGAUUGUCGACCGUGCAGGGAGUCAGAGAACUGCGCAAUGUGUUAACAUGUAACGCACCAGGUGCGAUAGACAGUACUACAACAACAAAUUCUAUGCAUGCUUUGCCUUUCGAGUUGGAGAAAGAUCUGACAAUCCGUGAGCUUCUCGAAACAUUAAAUGUACCAUUAUUAACGUCCGAAAUGAUCGAACUAGAUACUAUAUUUGGGAAUAAUCCCCGUGUGCAAAUCCGCAAUGCCGUGCAUCGUUCUCACAUUAAGGCUACAAGUGAAGAAGUGGUCGUGCAUGCGACGACAUUGAUUAGCAGCAAAGGAGAAGACCCUCCUUCGAAUUCCAAUAUUGUCGACAUAAAUUGCAAUAAUCCAGUCAUCUGGAUGAUCGCUAACACAAAUUUAGACGUCCUCUAUGUUGGCAGUUGUAAUAAUACCGAGCCUGUUACUAAACCUGUAUCGGCGGAUAUGCCAAGUACAUCAGGCUGCUCGUCAAGCAAAAAGCGGCGGAUCGACGAGUCUUCUUAA